AUCAAACUUAAAGCGUUUCUGUGUGUGUGUGUGUGAGUGUGUGUGUGCGUAUGUGUGUGUGUGCGCGCGCGCGGUGCCGUUCAGCGGUGAACUUCCAUCAUCUCCACAAAGCAAAGAGGUAGCUGUCCGUGGUGCUGAAACAACGAGCUCAACUAGUGAAGAAGAGGAGGAGGAGGAGGAGCGCUUCUCUUCGUCACCACUUUGGGAGCUUCAUGGUGGAUUUAGGAGCCCUCCUCAGAAGUUACCAUCUGCGCACCUUGCUGUGCGGCAUCAUGGUGUGGAUGAAGGCGAAGCUGACGAAGGAUUCCCUGUUUGGACCGGCACGGAGGCUGCCCUGCUUCUUCUGGUUCGUCCUGCUGUUUGGUGUUGGAGGUCUGCUUCUCUUCAUCCACCAGGAGGAUCUGUCAGAGAUGGUCCUGCAGCAAGACCCCGGAGUCAGGCUUGGAGGCCCGCCGCAGCACUCCAGAGAGGGUCCCUCCAACCAGGAUCCAGAGAAGAAAUGCAGCAGGGAUCAAAGUUCAGAAGCCAGCCCCAUCGCCCCGAUGCAGCGGCCAAACUUUGAGAAGAUCAAACAGAAGGACACAACUGUGGCCCAGGAGCCGGACAUAGGCUCCCCCCAAAUCACCAAAAGACAGCGCAAACUGCUGAAAACCAGCCACUUGAACCUUCACUCCAAAGGUGGGGUUCCCUUGCCUUCCUCUGCAGUGUCCUCCUCCAUCAAGUCCAGUUCUACUCAGCAGGAAAACCUGGAAAAGCUACAGAGUGUCAUCGAGACGCGGAAGCAUCUGAUGAAGGAGAUGUGUGCCAAAUACAAAGGCAGCAUCUCAAAGACGAUCACACCUGAUCACGUCAAACAGAUCUUCGUGGAGGACAGGAACAAGCUGCUGUACUGCUCCGUGCCCAAAUCUGGCUGCUCCAACUGGAAGAGGACCUUGAUGGUGCUGUCGGGCCAGGCGUCCAACGCCGAAAACAUCCAGCACGACAUGGUCCACUACGGCGGGCACAUCAAGACGCUCAACAUGUUCAACCAAAAAGAAAUCAUGCAUCGUCUGGAGACCUACACUAAGUUCAUGUUCGUCCGCGAACCCCUGGAGAGAAUCGUGUCGGCCUACAGGGACAAGUUCGAGAAUCCCAACGAGUACUACCACAACCUGUUUGGGAAACCCAUCAUAUCCAAAUACAGGGUGAUGCCAUCGGAAGAGGCCCUCAAAACGGGCAACGGGGUCACGUUCGAAGAGUUUAUCCGCUACCUGUUGGACGUCCACCGGCCAGUGGGGAUGGACAUCCACUGGGAGCAGGCUAACCAGCUCUGCCACCCUUGUCUCAUCCACUACAACCUCAUCGGGAAGUUUGAGAACAUGGAGGAAGAGUCCAACUUCCUCCUGCGGACGAUCGGGGCGCCGCCGAGCCUCAUGCUGCCUAGUUUUAAAGACAGGAACCCAAAGGACGCACGGACCUCUAAGCAGAUCACAGAAAAGUACUUUUCACAGGUGACCAUGAUGGAGCGGCAGCGAGUGUACGACUUCUACUACAUGGACUACCUGAUGUUUAACUACUCCAAGCCCUUCAGUGAUCUUUAUUGAUGGACUCAUGUCACGGUUCUUCAACCAGUCACAUUCCACCAUGUCUACAUUUCCACCAUGAUGAUAACCAUAACACACACACACACACACACACACACGCUUACCUGGCUCUCAGUAGAGGUGCUCAACAAGACCAAAUUUCUACUUUUAACAAAAUUUUUGCCAGAUUUCUGUUUUUCUUUUUUCUUCUUCGAAAUAACUUUAUUCUAGAGAACAAUCACGUUAAUUACACGUACCACAAAACAAAAGAAAAAUGGUGUUUAGUUGAUUAUUUCUGUGAUGCAAAAAAGAUUUUGGACAAAAAAUCUGAAAUCACUGGAAAGCCGGAUUAGUCAGCCAUCGUUAUGAGGUUGAACUUGUAAUGGAAUUAACUGGAUCUUCUGUUGGGAUUCACUCUUCUUCCGGGCUUUUGGAGCUACCAGUGUGUUCCAGGUCCCAGGUGGAUGCAUGGCUCCUGAUGGACAGCUUUGGGUGACGAGUGAGGUGCUUUCCACAGAAAAAUGAGACUUAAGGCCCAAUCCCAAUACUCCCACUGCACCCUAAGGGCUUCUGGGAAGUUCACUCGGAGGAAAUGUGCAGUAAGCCUUCGCGUCCCAGGAAUCUGGUCGCUGUGCUACUUUAAAAAAAACUUUAUUAACAACUUUAAAAGCCAGACAAUUAUUUGAAAUACAUUAGCAUUCAUUUCUGCUUUGCCUAAAACAUUCUGAGCAUCAGUCGUCCUGAAAUGAGCAACUUUCAUUUGAAAAUACACAUUUUCAGAAAAGGCAUUUGAGUCUUUUCUCCCGCAGCAAAGGAUUGUGGGCAAUACCUGCAUUGAUGCGGACUUGGGUGAAGUGCGGAUCAAGGGUGCAAAAGGGGUGUGGUCAACUUCUGCGCUUGAGAAUCGGGUCAUCCUACGCACUCGCACCCCUGACCGGGACCGUGGAAUUGAGGGGCGCGAGUUUGGAAGUGUGAGUGUUGGCAUUGGACCUAAACUAGAGACAAAAGACGUUUGCACACACACACACACACACACACACACACACACACACACUCACACACACACUGCUUUCUCCUCUGAGCAGCUCCACAGAGCAUCUGGCUGUCGGCCCACUGGGGUGAGAGCUCCAAUGCAGGGGACAGGGACGCACACACACACACACACACACACACAAACACACACACACACACAGAACUCUCUCUCUCUUCUGCCCUUCUCACUGAGCGGCAAGUCUGUGCUACAGAGAAGUUUACUGAACAGCACCCCCCGCUGGCUGAUUUCACCCACCAACUGGAGGCAGUAUGCCUAAUUUCAGCCGGCCAAUCAGUCUGUAGCGUCACCUCGGUCCCGGUCGGACCGCUGGGGAGGAAGUCUGACAAAAAGAGUCGCCUCGGACUGAACAACGCAUAUCUGACCCAUGUGUGAAACCAAAUUCUGGUUCCGUACCGGUCCCGUACCCGGCCGUGCAGAUGCUAAUGCGUAAGUGCCAUGACAUCAGUAAGAGGAGUCGUGAUGUUGGCAAGCAUAAGGGGGAGGGGCCAAACUCCACUAGUCCCCCACGGGUCGUCCAAACCAAAACCAAAUGAUGAAUAUUGGUUUUUUUUUUCUUAUAUUUGUGCGAAAGUGAAAUCAGGAGAAUGCUGCAAGGCCUUAUGGGAUGUUUUUGGGUGGUGCUACUCACAUGUUAGGCUGUUCUGCUCCUUCCAGUGAAGCCCAUUCUAGCUCUGAAUACGAGAGGCUAAUCAGGCUUUUCAGUGAUGUGAGAUUUCUUUCACAGAAACGUCACGACAAGGAAAUAAAACCUAUUUUUUAACCUUUAGUUUUAACUUUAUCAUGCUCUCAAAAACAUAUUUAUUCUGUAUUAAAAUGUAAGAAGUUUGUUUACUCUAAUCGGACUUAAUGUAGCUCACGUUUAGGGACCAGUUGGCUAAAGGUGUAAAAUCAGCUCAGAUCUAAUGAAUCUACACCCUUCUGCAUACCUUCUGAGUUCCCGACCCCAGUUUGUUCAGUUUGUUUAUCAUCUGAAACCAUUUGACUCACAUCAGUAUUACCUCUGUGUGCCAGUGCAUAUAAUACAGCUCAUCUGUGUAAACGGCUUUAUUAGAUAUAUAAACAAUGCCAGAGUGAAGCUCUAAGGAGAGAAUAACGUGUUAAAAGUGCUGCCCGUUCAAGAGCUGUGUGCACUUAUUGUAGCAUUUUUUUAUAUUUCUUACAUUAAAACUAAAAUGUGUAGUCGAACACACACACACACACACACAGGCUGCAGGUCCUUCCUGACAAAGUAUUUUACAGGAUUUUUUUUCCAUUUAGGUGUUUUUUUUGUGUCUAAAUUAUGAACAAUUCCUCUGACAUGUUGUAGGUAGUUUUCUGAAUAGCCUCUGUUCAGAAAAUGGAGAUUAGGUUCUUCUGGACUGAUGAAGGUUGACUUGGACUAGCCUUUAGCUUGUUAGCAGGUCCACGUGCUGCCAGUUAUGCUGCUGCUUUAAAGACCAAGUUCACUUGUUUUUAUCACAGGGCUGCCAACUCAUACACAUCUGACCCCACGCCACACCCCUAGUUUCUCACACUGAGUGCGUUUACAUGCAGCCAGUAACCCUUUUAAAACCCGAAUAUUCACAAUAACCCGGUUCCGCACGGCCAUGUAAACACCGCCAAAAACCCGGAUAUGCUCAUAACCGGGUUUUACCCGGUUACUACACCUGGGGUAACCCUUUUCUAACCCGAAUGUUUGGUCGUGUAAACGCAUACCGGGAUAUCCCCAUCAAAGCGUGUGUUCUGCGCAUGCUCUGUUUGCAAGGAAUCUUGGUCUUUUGAGUAGCGAGACGUCUUGUAUGCGCCAGAACACCGGAAGUAAACAACAAGUUGGGAGCAAGAUGGCGAGUCACGGCACAGCACCACACUUUGAGUGACGAGGAAACUAAAGCGCAAACAAACGCGGUCGCUAUCUCUUCCGAACUGGGAAACAUGUUGUUGUUUUCACGGAUACCGGAACAAGAAGAACCGGAAAUGAUGCAUAUUGCGUCUGGACGUAGUCCAUACGUCCAGACGCGACCCCAACGUCCGCAUUUAAAUCGGGUUAUGCAAGUUAGAGGUAACUCUUUCUAUUUAUGCUUGUAAACGGGUUAUUCUGAUCAACUCAGAAACCCGAAUCCCGACCUUAACCCGAUCAUAACUCGGAUAUUGGCUGCAUGUAAACGUAGUCACUGAAAAACACACCCCAACCCCCUGCCCUCACAGACAGCAGAGGGAGGUUGCCCCCUCUCUGAGGGUAAAAAAAAGCUCUGGCACUUCUGUUUCAGGAAGUAGAAGUGAGCCAGAGCAAAGGUGAGCUCAGGCAGCAGGAUUUGGGGACUUAUUUCCUGAUAUUCUGAGAUCUCUCCUCUGAUUGGCUAAUAGCAAUACCACUGACUCUGUUUGAUGUUUUAUCUCCACAAAUAACACAAGUCUGGAGGAGUUCUGCUGUGUGGUGGAGCUGCUAAUGCUAACCGUUAGCUUCUACUAGCUGAGACACUCUCUGCUGUUUGCUGGAAGCUGAACCAAUAACAGCCGUCCCCGUUGAGUCAAGACGGGUGAGUCCAUAAAUGUUAAGUGACAGUGUGACGUAGAUCUGUCAGGCUUUUCUAAUCCUAUUUUCUAUCAGAAGCUAAUGCAGGAGAUAGGUGUAGGAGACUAUUUUCAUGUUCAGUCUGCAUGAAAAACUCAUUUCAAACUAUUUCUAAAUAACAACAUGGUUUAUCUGUGUGAUUCUGGGCUUUGAACUUGCUGGAGGUCUACACCAGCAUCUAGGUUACCACUCCGUUUAAAACGCAUCUUUUUGUAUCACAGUGCAUAAAUCCAUAGAUGAAGAACAUUCAAGCUCCUUCAUAAUAUGUGUCUAUGUCCAUGGUAAAUGAAUUUUGAUCUGAUGUUUCAUUUUCAGUCGUUAUUUCUUGCAGAAAUAUUAAGAAGUUCCUGCAGGACUUGGCUCCUGGAUUCAGCUGAAGUGCUACACUUAGCCUGACCUGCCAGACUCGCCCUCUGAUAACGAGUCUGGUUACUGAUGAAGGGCGGGACUAGCAAGCUCAAAAAUGACUAAUCAGAUAAAAGGAGGAAAUGCCGACUGUACCUAACAAUGCUGAAGUUUUUAUUUAUUUAUUUAUUUAUUUUUGCUGUAGUCAAAAAUGGCGUCUGGCGACGGCGCAAACAUCUUUUUCAGAAGAAAGGCUUUUAGCGCUUCCUCUUGUCCUGGUAUUAAAGACGUAUCGAAGUCAUUUUGAACGGAGGAAAGAGCUGCAGCGAACUCCGCUUCAGCCACCAUGUUUAUGGCAAGCUCAGCGUUGUGGUGUGUGGCGUACGCUGCUCAGCUCUGAUUGGCUCGGUUAGGGUUCUCAGGGGGUGGGAAUAUUGAAUAGGAGAGUUCCCAGACCCGGAGAGCAGGCUUGUCAGGCUACCAAAACACAUCAAGAUCUGCAGUUCCCAUCGCACCAGACAGGAAGUCAAACCCAAAAUCAGUGUAAAACAUCUGGAAACUUUCAAAAUAAAGGUCACGUGCAGUACAGAAACUCCACUUUUCUGAGCCAAGGCUGUUCAAGAAGCUAUCUAGAAUGGUUACGAUGUGAAUUAUCUUCCCCUUUACCACAGAAACGGACUUAAAAAUGGCUGUAAUAUCUGUUUGAACCCAAGUACACGCAGGGUGCAAAGUGUUUCUCUUUGGUGGUGCUGACUCAGCAGUCAUUCCCCCCUUCCCCGGUAAAAAGUGAAAUCGGUUAGCAAACACAAGAAUGAACAAUUAUUCACAAAAAGAACGAAUUGGUUUAGAUUUUCCUGAUUCGGUGAACAGAAGAAGACGUUCUCGCCGUCUGCAGCUCCUCUGUGCGCCUCACGUGAAACCUCGCUCUGUACAGGCUGCUUCCUCACUACUGGGUAUUGUAUAAUGGGCAUUCAGAUGACUAUAUUUUUCUAUGUAUUUCUAAAAUCUACAUGAAUAUAAAGUAUAUAUUUAGUGCUUCUUGGUGAAGGUAUGUUAACUCUAUUUGAUGUCGUUUAUCUCUCUUUCUAGUGUUCAGUGUGUGUCACAAAGGAGCUUCUUUCCAAAUGAGAAAACCCGCUGGUGGGGAAGUGAAAGUGGCGAUUUAAAAGGAAAACGGACGUUUAAACAUUUGGGGAAAAGCUUUUUUGUUUUUAAUUAUCUCUGAUCUGUUUGGACUCUGCACAGAAAUGAGCUACAUCCCACCCCCCCACCCCCGCCCCUGACCCGUCCUCGCUAACCCAAAACCGUCCAUUACUGAGACGUCUAAAUGAGAUUUUUAGACCUUUUAUACACUAAUCCUGUCACCUUUCCAAGUACGCACCACAGCUACAGUGCUGCUUCACUCCCAGCUCUCUAAUCGAAACAGCUUUUUGUUGUAUUUAUUUUAGUUCAUGCAUCAGAAUGAGGUGCACUGGCAGACCCCCGCUCGUGCACGCUGUUAGAGUUCAGCGGCGAAACGAAACGUGAGCUUUAACGUGACGGAAAUGAGACUCUGAUGAAUUCGGACGAAAGAAAACCUCGUUAAAUUAGCAUCGAGUUUAAAUUGCCUUAAUUACAGCUCGUUGUUGCUGAAGCUUGCAAACGGCUCGUUUAAAACACGAUGAAACUGAAAGAGAAAACCCUUUUUAUUGGGCAAACAAGCUUAAUUUAAUCACCUGUUAAGUAUAAUUCACUGUUUGUGUGAAUGUUUGACGAAAAUGUUACUUAUCUAUAAAAGUGAACAGGAUCAACAGGUGUUAUAAUCAAUCGUAACGGUUUUAAGGGUCCGUCACCCUUUCAUGCUGAUGAUUUCCUGAAUGAAGGGGCUUUGUUGUGUUCAUGCUUGAUGGAAAGUCUCUCGCUGCCCUCCAGAUGCUUACUUUUUUGAGUGUGUGUGUGGGUGUGUGUGUGUGGAACCAAUUUAUCACAAAGCAUAAUCACAGUAACAAGUGAAUGUAUAACCUGUUGUUGGUGCAAACGUGUAGAAAAGAUGAUCUGAAGCCCUUUGCCUUAUUUUACACUGCCUAUCAAAUGGUGUGUUUCAGGAAGACAUUUGUCAGGUGAUUACUUUUGGCUGAUGAGUGUCUACUAAUAAACUGUCUUUUAGCA